AUGACUACAGAAAUCUACAUAUUUGGGGCAAACAGGAUCCUAGUUCGGUUGCAAUGGGAUUUUGGAUCUAAGACUGGUUUUCUACAUAAUAGUUCAUGCAUACAUGAAGUUCUACUGGUGGACUAUAUUCUUGGAGACAACCCAAGAGCUACAAGUUAUAUGGUAGGCUAUGGAAACAACUACCCACAACAGGUGCUCUUGUUGGUGGACCCGACGCUUAUUUAUGACAACUUUGCUGAUCAAAGAGACAACUAUGAGCAAACAAAGUCAGCUACCUACAACAAUGCUCCUCUUCUUGGCAUUUUAGCAAGACUACACAGUGGACAUAGCGGCUACAACCAGCUCCUUCCAGUGACCUUUCCAGCCCCUAAAACCCAGCCAAAGCUUGCUCCAGUUACCGGAACCACACCAUCUCAAGUUUCGUCUUCUGCACCCAUUGCCAUUGAACAAAAGAUGACAAGUUCAUGGGAUUACAAUGGCAAGACUUACUACAGAUACUCCACAACUGUGACAAACAAGUCACCCAAAACACUGAAAUUUCUCAACCUUUCAAUCUCCAAGCUCUACGGUCCUCUGUGGGGCCUGACAAAGUCGGGCGAUUCAUAUGUUUUUCCAGCAUGGCUCAACUCUCUAACAGCUGGGAAGAGCCUAGAGUUUGCUUACAUCCACUCUGCCUCUCAAGCUAAUGUCUCAGUCUCAAGCUACAAUUUGGCCUAA